AUCCUCAUACUUGUAUAUGGUAGGGCACAAGGUCUUCAACAUAAUCAGUUGACGUUCACUCAACAUCUCUCAACUCAAAUCUCACGUGAGAUGACAUGUUGAGAAUAAAUUUCAGUCUGAAUUCACAUCAUGCAACUACAAUUAGAUAAAAUCCUUGUUGGUCUUAAAUUGAGUCGCAUCCCUGGGUGUUUGGUAAAUAUAUCAAACCAGUAUGUGACCAAUGGCUUUGUUGGAUAAGGUAUUAAAGAGCAGAGUGAGUUCAGCAAACUAGGCUAACCAGCAGCUCCCUCUCAGACUCUUUGCAUCUCUCUAACCUCAAAAAUGUUGCUUCUUACACCAGCAUCCACUCCUCUAUUGUCACACCCAGCAAAUGGUCUCACAUUUAGAACAAACACAACCAGAUUUCAAACCCAACUCAAGGUCUUAUCCAUGGCCAAGCAAACCAGCGAAGAAACCAGCAGCACCACCAUAGAGAAAAUAGCCAUAGCUGGCGGCUUAGUCUCCAACCCGGUGAUUGGUUGGUCCCUCUACACUCUCAAGACCACCGGGUGUGGCCUGCCUCCCGGACCCGGUGGAUCCAUCGGUGCACUUGAAGGUGUCAGCUACCUAGCUGUGCUGGGAAUAGUGGGUUGGUCUUUGUACACCAAGACCAAAACAGGCUCGGGUCUGCCCAAUGGACCAUUUGGGUUGCUUGGUGCUGUUGAGGGUCUGUCUUACUUGUCUUUGCUUGCCAUUUUGGUCGUGUUUGGGAUCCAGUUUGUUCAGCAGGGCUCCAUUCCAGGACCCCUCCCAACUGAUCAGUGCUUUGGAUGAAGAUGAAGAUGAUGAUAAUGUGAGAUUUUGAGCCAGUACUAUUCUAUCUUCUGUUUGUGGCCAAGCUUGGUCUGUCCUGGAUUUAAAGUAUUCUACUAUAGUCAUGUAUAGGUUAUGUAAUACUAUGAGAAUGUUAUGAAGCUCUAGUCCUACUAUUCAAAUGUUGUUCCUUGAGUUUUA